ACUGUUCAGUAGCGAAUUAGAUAAAUUUGUAUUUUUAGACGGAGUGAUUCAACGUAAAUCAAAAGUUUUUAUUAUCAAGCGACGCUAUAUUAUAGAUCGCGGAGCACAGUUCUUUCGAGAGAUCGAUCACAUGGCCGAGACUCGCGUGAAAAAGAAUCGUGAGAUGUUUCGCGACACUCGGUGCAUCUCUUGGAAAAUACAUAAACAAUGAUGUAACCAAUCUGUCGAACCGGCUUUCAGAAUAUUUUGAACAUUUCCACACGCACGACCGGUUCGUAGGUUACAGAGGUUGUAAGAUUAUCAUGUGUGUAUACACUUGCUUGUAUAGAGAGAGGGAAGAGUUGCAAUAGUUUAGUACGUAAGAACAGGUGCAAAGGAACCGCGAGAUUAGGACAGCAGGUUUAGAUGCUAAGUAACAGCAAGGCAAUUCCUACCUUGCACAAUGAUUGCAAGUGACAUACAAGGUUCUCUGAAAGAGGCCCUGUACGAGACAUUAACCGGGAUUUUAUCGCCGCACUAUGAAACUCGCAAAGCAGCGGAGCAGAGGAUCCAAGCUUUGGAGGUCACAGAGGAGUUUGGUAUACACCUGACGGAAUUCGUAGUGGACCCUAAUGGGCAUUUACCGAUCAGGCAGUUGGCUUCUGUUUUGCUGAAGCAGUAUGUCGAGACGCACUGGUGUUACCUGUCGGAGAAAUUCCGUCUACCAGAGAUUAACGAUACUGCUAAGGGAAGGAUCAAGGAGCUGCUACCUUUAGGACUCCGAGAAUCUAGCAGUAAGGUGCGAACUGCAGUGGCCUACGCGAUAUCUAGUAUUGCACAGUGGGAUUGGCCUGAAAACUGGUCCGCUCUGUUCGACAUUCUCCUCAGCUGCCUGAGGGAGGACAGCGAGUGCGCCGUUCACGGAGCAAUGAGAGUCUUGACCGAAUUCUCUCGAGAACUCUCGGACUGUCACUUGCCUAACGUCGCACCCGUCAUUCUUCAAGAGAUGUACAGAAUAUUUCAAAAUGAAAAUCAGUGUUCGAUUAGGACACGCGGUCGCGCGAUUGAGAUUUUCGUAACGAUCACGACUGUAAUUGCUAACUCUGCGGUAUACGAUAAGGAAUUUAUAAUGCAGUACUUGCAGCCGGUCAUUCCUAUGUUCUGCGAAAAGUUCGUCGAGUGCCUCAGAGUGCCUAACGGCCCGAAUAGUGACAGUGGAUUUAAAACGGAAAUUAUUAAAGCUAUAAACUGUAUUAUGAAAAUGCCCAAGUGUGUGUUGGAUUUUUUACCUCAAAUGCUGCCACCCAUAUGGGAGAUUCUAUGCCAGAGCGCAAAGAUUUACCAGGAAAUAACCGUCAACGCCGUUGAAGACGUCAACGAGAAAGAGGUCGAUUCUGAUGGUGAAGUAAUUGAUUUCAACAGUCUGAUUAUUGCGAUAUUCGAGCUCGUUCAGACAACCCUGGAACAUAAGAAGUUUAGGAAUCUGCUGGACAAUAAGCUACCGGAAAUCAUGUACUAUCUAAUAAUAUUUAUGCAGAUUACGGUCGAUCAGAUCCAACAGUGGACAACUAAUCCCAAUCAGUUUGUCGAAGAAGACGACUGCACGUACGAUUAUAACGUCCGCAUCUCGGCGCAGGAAUUCUUAACGGCUCUCAUUAGUCAUUUUGACGAGAAAGCGGUACACGCGCUGUGGGACGUUGUUACGCGGCACAUCGAGGCAACGAAGGCAUUACAGCCUAGCGGCGACGGUAGCAACAGCAACGAGAGUUGGUGGAAAUUACGGGAAUCCUCCCUGCUGGCGUUGAGCCUCUCCAAGGAUACCGUUAUCGAAAAACAGCAGGUGGGACUCUUGCAAUUCGAUAUCGUUCGAUUUCUGGACACGGUCGUUCUGGGAAUGUUGAAUGAUCCAGGUUCGCCACCGUUGCUUCUCGGCCGCUGCUUGUGUCUUGGUGGUCGAUAUGCCCAAAUAAUGCCACCAGAAGUGAACUCUCGGUUCCUCGAAGGCACGGUUAACGGCUUGCAGGAGAACCAGCCAUCCUGCAUUCGCAUUAGCGCUGUUAAAGCGAUCUACUGGUUCUGCGAGGCGUCGACCGGCAAGGACUCCAUCGUCGACAUAAUGCGCUGCCACAUGCCCAACAUUUUUCAAGGAUUGUUUAAUCUAGUUAGUCAACCAAAUACCGACGUUCUAACUUCGGUCAUGGAGACGUUGCACAUGCUAGCCUGGCAACAAAAAGAAUUUACAGCAUCAGUGGAAAACAAGAUUUGUCCUUUGACAAUUGCAGUGUUUGUAAAGUUCCAUAGCGACCUGGCGCUGUUAACCGUGUGCCAGGAGAUAUUCAAGGAACUGACACAGAAUCCGAGCUGCAUCAGCCCACUGCAGACUCGUAUAAUACCAACUCUCACGAGUAUGAUGACAAUAACUCCGAUGAACAAGUCGAAGGAUGAGGGAUCCCGGGCCGUAGCGUUGGACGUGCUAAAAGUCCUGGUGCAGUAUUCACCGGUGCCUUUGAGCAAUGCUUUGAUGGAGACUGCCUUCCCGGCCGCCUGCCAUUGCGUUCUCAAUUCGGAGGAUCAUUCGACGCUACAAAGUGGCGGCGAGGUCAUACGUACUUAUCUCUUCGUCGCGACUCAGCAAGUUAUCGCGCAUCGGGACAACGAGGGACAAACGGGAUUGCAAUAUAUAUUACAGAUAGUCGCUCAACUCCUGAAUCCACAGUCGAGUGAAUUCACUGCCUCUUUCGUCGGGCGUUUGGUGACGACGCUAAUUAAGAACGUGGGCGACAGCCUGGGCGAAAAUCUCGACUUGUUGCUGAAGGCGGUGCUGAGCAAGAUGCAGAGCGUCGAGACGCUGAUAGUGAUGCAGAGCCUGUUGAUGAUCUACGCACACCUCAUUAACACGCAGUUCGACGCAGUGUUGAACUUCCUGUCAACCGUGCCUGGCCCGACCGGCCAGAGCGCACUCGUGUUCGUGCUGUCCGAAUGGGUUAGCAGGCAACACCUGUUUCUCGGUAAAUACGAACGCAAAGCCAGCACGGUCGCGUUGUGCAAGAUCCUGGAAUACGGAGUUACUCAUGGGGACAGCAGACUCAACGAGAUCACGGUCAAGGGAGAUCUGAUAGUCUCAGGGAUGAAGGACGGCGUGAGGACCAGAAGCAGAGCCGAAUUACAACCCUACGAAUGGACUACGGUGCCUGUACUCGCAAAGAUAUUUAAAGUGAUAAUCUACGAAUUGGCCAACGAUAUGGAAGCUGCCGAUAUCAGUCAGGAUACGGAAGCGGAUUCUGAUGAGGACGAAGGCGAAGAGGAUGAACUUAUAGAGCCUGGAUACGAGCCUGGGAAUGUUUUCCAAUUCGGCUGCACGGAUGACGAUAACGAGAACGACGACGAGGAGGAUCCGGAACAGUUGCAGGACUCCAUUUAUCACUUGAACCUUGGCCAGUACCUGCGCGAUUUCUUACUCAACUUCUCCACGCAUCAUUGCUUCCGCAUGUAUAUCCAACACCUGAAUAGGGUAGAAUUGAAAGUUUUGAAUAAUAUAAAUAUCAAUGCGCUCAUGUAGUAAAAUAAUUUUCAAAUGGUCGGAACAAUUUUUGAGUUUCUUAAUAAACGAACGAUCUUUUAUACGCU